ACGGAGCGCUAGGCCACGCUAAAUUAUAGCAGGUGAUACGAGAAACACAAGAAUCUUAUCCAGCAUCCUUAUCAGCAAACGAGCCCAAAGGUGACCCAGCAUCAUGGUGGAUAUAAGCUCAAUCAUCGAGGGAAGUGUCAAGUUUCGGGAUGGAAAGAAGUGGAAAUCGCGAUGGUGUGUCAUGCGGAAACUAUCACCAGUUGCAGAUUGCCUUCAUCUGCAGCUGUACCGCGACUCGAAGGACCGCUACAAGAACGGUCAAACGAAGGCGUCCCUCUCGCUGCAGCACUUUCUCGGCGUGGAGUCGGGCUUCACGCUGGACAAGGAAUCAAACACGAUAGCAAUCAUCUGCCAGGAUGUGAUCGUCGUCCUGGCCUUCGAUACCCGCGAAAGACUGAUACAAUGGCAGGUCAAAAUAUCCAACAACCUGGGCGACGAUCUUCAGUAUCUGGUGCUGGUGUCGUCCGCACCACCGAAAGCCAAACUCUCCACCGGGCCAGCCCGAAUGCACAUCCAGGAUCAUCGGUUUUGUCUCACGACCGGCGUUCCUCCACGGUUAACCGGAACGUGGCAAAUCGAACACUUGAGACGAUACGGAGUUGUGGACAAUCGGUUUUGCUUCGAGGGUGGCUCUAGCUGCGGGAAGGGCGAAGGAUUGUACGUCUUUGUCACGGAUCUGGGCGAUGAGAUCACGCACACGUUCAAGCUGGCCUCCCAGGGUAAGCUGGCCAGCAAGAAACGAGCUGCUGCGCGGAAAAUUGCAGCUCUCGAUAGCCCACGGAAGGGAGCCGAAUCACGGUCAACGAACUACAACGACGAGAUCUGUACAGUGCACAUCGAAAACUCGAACUGUACCUGCCGCAACUCGUACUGGCCCUCGACGGAAUCGCGCGAUCUCGAUAGUAACUAUGGCUGCGGUGAUACGGUCUCGGUGUCGGAGGUUCACGACUGCAUCAACGAUCUGGAUUCGUUCCCUCGCAGUACGGUCGCCAAUCUCGAGCGCUGUAUGAGCUGCAUCUCGAAGCUCGGUGCACCGUCCAUGUCACGCAGCUCAACGGUAACGGGUACCCCGGGUGCUGUGGCACCCCUUCCCGCCUGGCACAUGCUCACCGAGCACAACAAUCACAUUAACCAAUCGCACAAACUUCCACCACCGGCCCUGGAUCGAAUGUCACUCUGCUCCCACGGUAGCAGCAACAACAGCGAAUAUUCGAUCCCACGUCAAACGUGUGGCCCCGGGACGGAAGCCUCCUGGUACGAGAAACCUCCAGUUAGCCAACAGUCAACAACAUCGGUUUGUGGGCACAACCGGCCAACGUCACCGUGUGGCUGUGGUGGUGGUGGUGGUGGUGCACCACCCCCAGGACGUCCUCCGAAACCACGCGAAAUCGCUCUCCACAUUACGGCCCCGAUCCACAAUGCUAUCAAUAUGUCCUCCUCCUGCAAAUCACCCCAACCAUCACACGUAGGUCCGUACGAGAACUACGACAUCCCGAAAACACCGAUCGCGGUGGACGGAUCGAGUGGGCUAACGCCCGGAGAGAACUACGAUACACCGAAGAAAAUACAAGAGUACCUGUCCAAGGAGUCGGCCACAGCUAGCAAAGACACGGUGGAUAGCUAUGGCAACUACGACAUGCCCAUGUCGCUGACAAAAGCCGUCUGCAACUGUCUCACCGGUGACGCUGGUGGUGCCACGUCGAAGGUGCAGAGCUGUGUGCACGAGCAGCGAUUGCAGGAUGCUGGACCCCGGGUGGACUGUACCUGUAAUCGGGUAAUGUCCUGGGCGGACAACUGGAUCUCGCUGCCACUGUGCAAACGGGGCAACGGAAUCGAACAUACGGGUGUGCAGAUCAACAAGGUGAAGCUGAGCGGCGAAGGCAAGAUGCCGGUCAUGGACGCAAGCCGUGGAACGGUGGCCGACGGUGCCAUCUACGCCACGGUCGAUGUGACGAAGAAAAUCCGCCGAAAGCUCGAACAGGGGGCGUGCGCUUGCGAUGAACCACUCGUCACGCAACCACAGGCUGGUGGUGCGAAGCUUCCCAGUAGCUACGAUAACUACGAAGAUGUCGAGAUCACAACGGGCGGCGAGGAACCGGCGAAAGGCGCGGCCAACUAUGCCAAUCUGGAGUUUGAACGAUCGCUCGAGAAUUACGAAAACUCGAAGGAAGUUCUACAGCGAGCGGGACUAGCGGGACUGCAAGAGUGCGGGGACGAGGAAUCGGGUAACGUGUGCCACAAAUGUGGACAUCCGCAAAGCGCAAAGACUCCGGAUAGUCAGGAUGGAGCGAGAGGUAGCGAAGAGCAACAGCAGACGGCUGGUGCACCUGUUGGUGGUGAUUGUAACCAGGAGAACUACAUGAUGAUGGAACCGGGCAACAGAAAGUCCCAGUUCCCGGGCUACAUACCGAUGACACCGGCCGCUCCAGCGGCGGCCACUACAUCGGCCACCUCCAAUGAACCGGCGACACCAACGGAUGGCAGACAAUCCCCAACGGCU